AUGGACAAUCUUAGUAAAUCCAUAAGCAGCUUCUCUUUUGAUUGCUACAAGGAGCUAAACAAAAAUGAACCUCAAGGAAACAUCUUCUUCUCACCCUCAAGCAUCUCACUGGCUAUGGGCAUGGUUGAUUUGGGAGCAAAAGGUAACACAGCUGCCCAGAUAGAAAAGACAAUGUAUUUUGGAAGACCAGGAGACAAUACUAAAAGCCUGCCAUCUUCUCAGGAGGGCUGCAAAGUUGAAGGCGUCCAUAGGGAAUUCAAACAACUUCUCACAGAUCUAAAUGCGCACAGUAAGAUUUAUGAACUGAGCUUGGCAAACCGACUGUAUGGACAAAAAGGUUUUGAGUUUGUUACACAAUAUUUAAUAUGCACUGAGGAGCUAUACAAUGCUAAGCUUGAAACUGUUGACUUCCAAAAUGACACCGAGACAGCCAGACAGACAAUAAACUCAUGGGUUGCAGGCCAAACAAAUGAUAAAAUCAAAGAACUGCUUGCCAAAAACUCCAUUGAUACAUCAACUGUUCUCGCUUUGGUAAAUGCAGUUUACUUUAAAGGAAAAUGGAAGAAACCGUUCAAAAUAGAAGACACGAAAGAUGAAAUAUUCAACGUGAAUAAAAAUGAGAAGAAAACAGUCAAGAUGAUGUCUCAGACUGGGAAUUUCAUGUUGGGUCACCUGCCAGACAUUAAAAGCAAAAUUCUGGCGCUCCCAUAUGAAGGAGACUUAAGUAUGUUUAUAUUGCUUCCAGAUGAAGUAGAUGGACUAACACAGGUUGAAGGCAAGAUAACAGCUGAAAUCUUAGAAAAUGCAACAAAAAUUGAAAAUAUGCGAGAAGCAAAAGUUAACUUGAAGCUUCCCAGUUUCAUGAUUGAGACGACUUUUGACCUAAUUCCAGUGCUAAAGAACCUGGGAAUGACUGAUUUAUUCUCAAUUAAUGUUAAUUUAUCAGGUAUUUCUUCCCAGACUUUAAAAGUGUCAACUAUAGUCCACAAGUCCUAUGUAGAAGUCAACGAAGAAGGCACUGAGGCAGCAGCUGCCACCGGGGUUGGAGUAGUUGCAGUAAGUGCGCCUUUGCUCAUUGAUUUUCACGUAAAUCAUUCAUUCAUGUUAGUUAUAAAGCAUAAUCAGAGCAACACUUUGUUAUUUCAUGGAAAAUACACCUCUCCAUAAAUAUGAAAGGCUGCUACAAGUGCCAGUCAACAGUUCAUUUUAAUAAAGUGCCAGUCAACGGUUCAUUUUAAUAAAGUGUGAUAAUCAGGAUGUUAUCAAAGUGUACAAGCUUGAUGAACCUCA